UCCCCAAUCCCCUAAGCAGCGUGGUGUAGUGUAGCAGCUGCAGCCCCCUCCCCGCCGUGCCCGCCCGCUUUCCGCCGCCCGCUUCUCUUCCUCUUCCUUCCACACCACUGCUGGUUUCUCAUUGGCCGGGUGAGGUGCGGUCCUCGUGGCCAUGGCAGCAGCGAGCAGGAGGAGGGGCUUCUCCUUCCCGGCGGCGGCGUGCCUGGUGGGUGUCCUGCUGUGGUGCUUGUCGGCGUCCGCCGAGCCCCUGCCGCAGUACUACAAUGCCAUCUUCAGCUUCGGCGACUCCUUCUCCGACACGGGCAACUUCGUGAUCAUCAACUCCGGCAAGCUGCCCAACAUGCCCAAGUUCCCGCCGCCGUACGCGCGCUGCUCCAACGGCCGCCUCGUCAUCGACUUCCUGGCCGAGGCGUUCGGUCUCCCUCUUCUCCCUCCGUCUGCGAACAAGGGCACCAACUUCAGCCAGGGCGCCAACUUCGCGGUGAUGGGCGCGACGGCGCUGGACCUCAAGUACUUCAAGGACAACAACGUGUGGAGCAUCCCGCCCUUCAACACCUCCAUGAACGUGCAGCUGCAGUGGUUCGAAGAGGUCAAGCAGACCAUCUGCUCGGACCCGCAGGAGUGCCGCGCCUUCUUCUCCAAGUCCCUGUUCGUGUUCGGCGAGUUCGGCGGCAACGACUACAGCUUCGCGUGGAAGGCGGACUGGUCCCUUGAGAAGGUGAAGACGAUGGUGCCCGCCGUGGUGUCCUCCCUGGUGCGCGGCAUCGAGCGGCUCCUGGACGAGGGCGCCCGGCACGUGGUGGUGCCGGGGAACCUCCCCGCCGGGUGCAUCCCCAUCACGCUCACCAUGUACCCCUCCGAGGACCGGUCCGAGUACGACCCCCGCACGGGAUGCCUCAAGAAGUACAACAGCGUCGCGCUCUACCACAACGCCAUGCUCCGGAUCGCCCUCGACCGGCUGCAGCGCCGCCGCCCCGAGGCGCGCGUCGUCUACGCCGACUACUACACGCCCUACAUCCAGUUCGCGCGCACGCCGCACCUCUACGGGUACAAGCGCGGCGCCCUCCGCGCGUGCUGCGGCGGCGGCGGGCCGUACAACUACAACAUGAGCGCCUCCUGCGGUCUGCCCGGGUCGACGACGUGCGAGGACCCCGACGCGCACGUGAGCUGGGACGGCAUCCACCUCACGGAGGCGCCCUACCGCUUCAUCGCCAACACCUGGCUUAAGGGACCCUACGCGCACCCGCCGCUCGCGACCGUCGUACGCGAGGACAUGGUCGACUGAUGAUCUGAUGAUCAUCCAUCCUGGUGGUAGCGUGUCAUGUGACUCUGCGUGCGAGUGUGCUUGCUGCCUGCAAGAGAUAGUGAGUGAACUGUGUGGAGGAUGGAGAGCUAAUAUAACGGACGUGAGUGGGCGCAUUCCAUUUGUUCAUGUAUAUUGGGGAUAAGUGAAGUCGAUCGAUUAGUUUUUUUUUUCUG